CCCGCCCUCUCCUCCUCCCGCUCCGAAAGUUUGCAAUGGGACCGACUCCCGCCGGGGGAGCCCCCGGCCGCCGCGCCCUGCGGGAAGACUGCAAGAGCUGCCGCUGAGCCGAAAGGGUGCCUCAUCUGCGGCGCAGCGCACCCGACAAUUUCCCAGACCUGCCAGGGGGAGGGAGGCGUCGGGGUUGGCAGGCCACACCAUCUCCUGGGGUCCCUAAAAGCCCCCAAAUCGCCCUGGGACCCCAGGAGGGACCUUGAUCCCCAGAGACCCCUCGUCCUUUGCAAAGAGCUCAAAUUCCUGGGGCCGCUGUCCCUGGCCACCAUCUGGAGUACACGGCGGCGCCGGCCAAGGCAGGGUGCGCCCCCUCCGCUGAGCGGUGACCGGCUGGCUCCACCCCCGCCGAGGCCAAGUUCAAUAAGUUUGGCCAAUUAGCCCUGGAGUCUCCAUGGCUAGGCCUGGCCCGACCGCUCCGCGUGGGUUCCUUGGGCUGCGAGUUGUACGGCGCCGGCCGCCAGAGAGGCUGGUGGAAGGGUGCCGUCCAUGAGGGUUGGGGCCAGAGACCGGCAGCCCUUGGGCUGGGUGGUUUGGUGUGAGGGCUCCGGGUUUGGAGUGCGUCAUCCGGGAGCAGGCACCUCAGGCGGCAGCUUCAAGGCAGAAGCUGAGUGGCAGCUUUGAGAGUUGGACACCCAGGUUCCUGAAGUGCUCUCUAGGCCUCAGCCACAAUCCGCCACCAUUCCGUGCUGCGGGGACGCCAUGGCUCCAGAGGAAGACGCUGGAGGGGAGGCCAUAGAGGGUAGUUUCUGGGAGGCUGGUAACUACAGGCGGACGGUGCAGCGGGUGGAGGAUGGGCACCGGCUGUGCGGGGACCUGGUCAGCUGCUUCCAGGAGCGUGCCCGCAUCGAGAAGGCCUAUGCCCAGCAGCUGGCUGACUGGGCCCGCAAGUGGAGGGGCGCCGUGGAGAAGGGCCCCCAGUAUGGCACGCUGGAGAAGGCCUGGCAUGCCUUCUUCACGGCGGCUGAGCGGCUGAGCGCACUGCACUUGGAGGUGCGAGAGAAGCUGCAGGGCCAGGACAGCGAGCGGGUGCGUACCUGGCAGCGGGGGGCCUUUCACCGGCCUGUGCUGGGUGGCUUCCGAGAGAGCCGGGCAGCUGAGGACGGCUUCCGCAAGGCCCAGAAGCCCUGGCUAAAGAGGCUGAAGGAGGUCGAGGCUUCCAAGAAGAGCUACCACACGGCCCGGAAGGAGGAGAAGACAGCUCAGACGCGGGAGAGCCACGCGAAGGCAGACAGUGCCAUCUCCCAGGAGCAGCUUCGGAAGCUGCAGGAACGGGUGGAACGCUGUUCCAGGGAGGCCGAGAAGAUGAAAACGCACUAUGAGCAGACACUAGCGGAACUGCAUCGCUAUACCCCGCGCUACAUGGAGGACAUGGAACAGGCCUUCGAGACCUGCCAGGCUGCCGAGCGCCAGCGGCUUCUCUUUUUUAAGGAUAUGCUGCUCACCUUACACCAGCACCUGGACCUCUCCAGCAGCGAGAGGUUCCACGAACUCCAUCGAGACCUGCAUCAGGGCAUCGAGGCAGCCAGUGAUGAAGAGGAUCUGCGCUGGUGGCGCAGCACCCAUGGGCCGGGCAUGGCCAUGAACUGGCCACAGUUUGAGGAGUGGUCCUUGGACACACAGAGGACAAUCAGCCGGAAGGAGAAGGGUGGCCGGAGCCCUGAUGAGGUUACUCUGACCAGCAUCGUGCCCACAAGAGAUGGUGCUGCACCCCCACCCCAGGCCCCAGGGUCCCCAGGCGGCAGGCAGGAUGAGGAGUGGUCAGACGAGGACAACCCCCGGAAGGCUGCCACUGGGGUCCGGGUGCGGGCACUCUAUGACUACGCGGGCCAGGAAGCCGAUGAGCUAAGCUUCCGAGCAGGGGAGGAGCUGCUGAAGAUGAGCGAGGAGGAUGAGCAGGGCUGGUGCCAGGGCCAGCUGCAGAGUGGCCGGAUUGGCCUGUACCCUGCCAACUACGUUGAGUGUGUGGGGGCCUGACCUGCCCUUACAGCCCUUCUACACGUUUCUCCACCCCACCACCCCUUUCAGUCUGAGCCUAGCUUGUCUGGGCAGCUGGACCUGAGGGCCCUGAACCAUGCUGCCCCUGGUGGCCCUCUGUCCCCUUCAGGAGAGAGGAAGUCUUGAGACUCCCAGGAGCAAAGGGACCUGCCUCUAGGAAGGGACUGGUAGGGAAGUGCCAACUGAGUCUGGACUGAGGGGAAGGUGGGAAGGUCAGGAGGUAACAAAAGGGCUCAGGGGUGCCUGGGCCUCCCCAGGAAUACCCUGGUCUCCCCAGGAGUUGUGGACCCAGUGCCCAGUCUGUGUUUUGAGCUUCCUGGGGCGCGCUUGGGGUGAGUGUAGUUCUGGGCUAGCAGCACUCUUUUGUGGCUUCUAGUGUGUAUUAAACUUGGAAGAAAUAAACUUGGAAGAAAAACAAAA